AUGACCGUCACUCGAUCCCAAACGGGGAAGACCCCAAAGAAAAUGGAGCGACCCGGCUUCAUCGAGACACCUGGCCGCCGAGUAACCCGCAGCGCCAGCGCCAGACUGUCAGAGGAACCUUCCGACUCAACAGCUGAAGGAUCGAAGUCGACAACCCGGAGACGCACUUCUGUCAAGAUCAAGACUGAACCUGUGGAGGAAGAGUCAAAGCCAUUCGCGACCAAUGGUCAUGCCGAGAAUUCUGGUGUCAAGAAGGCUCGGAUUGUGGAUGGUUGGGAAGAGGGGAAGGACCCCAAAGUCGACUACAGCGGCCACUUUGAAUUUGGAGGCUCGUUCGGUGUAGCAUCCAUGAUGAUCGGAUUCCCGCUACUGAUGUACUACAUGUGGAUUGGUGCCACCUACUACGAUGGCAAGUUUCCUCGCCCCGCCGAUGGGCAGAGUAUGACGGACUUCUUUGCGCAUCUGGGACACUUUGUAUACGAAGGUGCUUUCCCGUCUCUCAAGGCUUGGACGAUUUAUUGGGUGUUCUUCAUCUUCGAGGGAAUCUGCUACCUGUAUCUUCCCGGUAUCACUGUGAUGGGUCGUCCUCUGCCGCACUUGGGAGGCAAGCAGCUGCCCUACUACUGCUCUGCUGUUUGGUCCUUCUACACCACCAUUGUGCUGGCCUCUCUGCUUCAUGUUACUGGUAUCUUCAAGCUGUACACUAUCAUUGACGAGUUCGGCCCUCUUAUGAGCGUCGCUAUCCUUUCCGGGUUCCUUGUUGCUUUCGUGGCCUACUUUUCGGCAUUGGCACGCGGGGCGCAACAUCGCAUGACCGGGUACCAUGUCUACGACUUCUUCAUGGGUGCCGAGCUCAACCCCAGAAUGUUUGGGAUCUUGGACUUUAAGAUGUUCUUUGAAGUUCGCCUUCCCUGGUACAUUCUGCUCUUCGUUACCUUGGGUGCCGCGGCCAGACAGUAUGAGGUCUAUGGCUACGUCUCUGGAGAAGUUGGCUUCCUUCUCAUGGCGCACUUCUUGUACGCGAAUGCCUGCUCUAAGGGUGAAGAGUGCAUUGUGUCAACUUGGGAUAUGUACUACGAAAAAUGGGGUUUCAUGCUGAUCUUCUGGAACCUGGCUGGUGUUCCUCUGAGCUACUGUCACUGCACAAUCUACCUGGCCAACCACGACCCGGCCACGUACCACUGGAACCGCUACUUCCUCACAUUCCUCUACGUUGCCUACCUCUUUGUGUACUGGGUGUGGGAUACGACCAACAGCCAGAAGAACCGUUACCGCCAACAGGAGCGUGGAACGAUGGUGUUCCGCAGCACCUUCCCUCAGCUGCCUUGGCAGACGCUGAAGAACCCCAAGACAAUUACGGCUGAGGAUGGUUCGAAGAUCCUCGUCGACGGCUGGUAUGGCAAGGCACGCAAGAUCCACUACACCUGUGACCUGUACUUUGCCCUUAACUGGGGUCUCAUCACUGGGUUCAGCAGUCCCUUUCCUUGGUUCUAUCCAUUGUUCUUUGCCUGCAUGAUCACCCACCGUGCUAUGCGCGAUAUCGAGCGUUGCCGGAACAAGUACGGCGAGGCCUGGAGGGAGUACGAGAGACAGGUUCCUUACCUGUUCAUCCCGUAUGUUUUCUAA